UGCCCAUCGCUAAUGUGACGAAAAAAAUUAUAAAAAACAUUUUUGAUACUCAUUUUUCCCAGCUUUUCCACUCGACCACGUUGGUUUUCCACCCUACCUCAAGAUUUCCUCCCAACACCGACUGCGUGAGUGCUUCAGGAUGACCUUGGUGGGACUAGCAGCCCGCAAACUGGCUCAGAAGAAGAGGUCCGCGAAACAGGCAGCCGACUUUCCCAAUGGCAUCCGCUGCCAAAAGUGCCUGCAGAUUGGCCACUGGAGCUACGAGUGCAAGGAGAAGCGCAAGUUCGUCCAUCGCAGUUCGCGCACCAAGCAGUUGAGCAAGCAUUUGGCCCAAAAGGAGGCGGAGGCGACCAAGAAACCGGUGGAGGGGAACCUGGAAGAAGCGUCCGCUGGCGGAAAGAAGGUCCGGCGCAAACGAAAGCCCAGCAAGAGCUCCUCGUCCUCUUCCUCUAGCUCGUCGGACAGCUCGGAUAGCAGCAGUGAAUCGGACUCGUCCUCCGGAUCGGAUUCAAGCAGCUCUAGCUCAGACUCGGACGACGACGAUGGCAGCUCCUUGGCUUCCAGUGGCAGUGAUUCCUCCUCCGACAGCGACAGCAGCGAUGAUCAAAAGCAAGGAGCGCCCGAGAAGAAGAAAAAGCGAGUCGCAAGUUCAGCGGAAUCCUCCGAAGACCUGGAAUAAUUUAGUGACCAGUUUUGGUACCGUAGCGCAUAGCUUUAGUAGUUUAGUUCUCCCCAGCACCCACUCCCCAAGACAUGGAUCUUUUAACCGAAUAUACUGUAUUGUGUUUAUUAUUUAAGUCCCCUAAAUGUACGUAGUUUGGUGAAGUUCUAGCCAAGUUGCUGUCUAUAAUAAACGUUUUAGUCCGAGUCGA